CAUACUCGGACGCCGAGCUUUUGUAAGCUCGAAAUUCAACUGAAAGUUAACUCAUUUAUCAGCUAUUGGUUAGCUUUUAGGUAAAUCAUUUCAACGUUUCCGGUUCCGUUCAUUGAUAAAAAAAAAAAAAAUGAUAAGCACCGGCCGAGGCUUAUUCACAACGGUGGUUAGCUCCGCCAAGUGCCACCUCACAUUUCCGAGCUCCAAUCCAAUGGCGUGCAUUUCUUACGCAAUCUCCAGACUCGUCCGCCCAACCGCCGCCGCACCGCCGUCGCGGAAGUUAUCGCUCCCAAUCCUCAUCCGCGGCAAGGUAUCGGCGGCUUAUCCUGCUCUUCCCUUGUCCGAAACAGGAGAAAUAAGAAGCACCGAGCUCGUCGCCCGUGAAUACGCCGACCUCAACCUCCCCGACAGACUCUGCAAGGAGGUGGGCCAUGUUCGAAUCCGGCAGCAUGUCAAUCCUCUCAGUUCCUCUUCCAUGAUUCCUGUGGAUGUACCAGAAUGGAAUGCCGUAUAUGAGGACUCGACAUUGCCACUGAUGGUGGAUAUUGGUUGUGGCAGUGGCAGAUUCCUCAUGUGGCAUGCAAAGAGAAACCCCGGGUUAAGAAAUUAUCUGGGAUUGGAAAUACGUCCAAAAUUGGUCAGGCGUGCUGGACAUUGUGUAAAUGAACUGGGGUUGAAGAAUAUACAUUUUGUUUUUGCCAAUGCAACGGUCUCCUUCAAACAACUCGCAUCAACAUAUCCUGGUCCCUUGGUUUUGGUAUCUAUUUUGGAAGUAAUACACUCAUUUGUGCAGUGCCCAGAUCCUUAUUUCAAGAGAAAACAUCAUAAAAGAAGGGUUGUUCAGAAGCCUCUGGUCGAGUCAAUCAUAGAACUUAUAGUUCCUGGUGGAAAGAUUUUCAUACAAUCUGAUGUCCUGGAUGUGGCACUUGACAUGAGGAGCAAUUUUGAUGCCGAGUCGAAUAGAUUAGUACACAUUGACAGUAUUAACGGUGAUAUGCUCUGUGAUCGUGAUGGCUGGUUGUUGAAUAAUCCAAUGGGAAUAAGAACAGAAAGAGAAAUCCAUGAGGAAUUAAAAGGUGCUCGAAUCUUCCGAAGGAUGUAUCAGAAACUAAGUUGAGACCUGCUACCUGUUUAUAAAAUUGUGCCCGUGCUAUUGGAUCGGAAAAUGUUUGUCUCAAAUCAGCUUUUAUCGAGCCCCUUAAAUCAGCUACACACUACUCAUCUCAAAUUAUUGGCUUGCAAGAUCUCCAAUAUUAGAGAAGAUGAGAUUUUGGCACUUAUUACUUAGUUUGGACAAAAUACAAAUACUCUCCUUGGCGGUUAUACUCGGGUACACUUUCAAAAUCCAACAUAAAAUUGAAGGAUUACUCGUUCUGUAUGUUGCUGACCAUGGGCGAUUAAUGUGUUUUGUUUAACUCCAUUUUAGCUAAAUCUCUAUUCUGAGCAGUCUAAACUCUUCUGGACCUCGUGCAAGGAAAGAGCGUAAAACAUUUGUUGGUUGUUGUUUCUAGUUGAAAUGAUUUUACUUGAGAAUGCAGUCUCUAGCAGGUAGAAGUUGAAUAUUUUUCCAAGUGCAAGUUGAGAAGGAUGUACACAAAUGGAGAAGCUGAUGUAUGUGAAGUGUAUUUUUAUCUGUAGUUUGAGGUUACAGCAUAAAUAAUCAUAGUUUAUCUUACAAAUCUACAAUGCAGCUCUUGUAUUUGUGAGGGGUUUAUUUUCUCCAUAAUUUUUUGUUUUUAUUUUUCCAAUAUGAGUUUCCUCGGGAUUGUUUUUAACCUCAUAAUAUCAAAAUCUCAUCAGAGCUUCAGAUUUGGCUGGGGCUUCUUUAGAAAUCUUAUUGAAGGAGCUCAUAAAAGUGUUCAUAUCUUACUUUAGAUUUGGAAACAAAACUUCGAAGUAUGUGGCUAUUAUAUAGCAUUAUGUAGCUAGUAAAGAGUAAAAGUAACACAAUGAAUUUAGCAUACUAUCAUCA